AGUUGGCAGCCCCGCUUUCACUUGCAUAUUUGUUUUGGCCCAGGCCCCACAUCACUCGAAACUAGUCAUUUACCAAAAAUGUUGGCGUCUCGCUGGAAUCUCCUUCUUCGCCGAAUGCCCUGGCUGCGUGGCUUUUCAACAACGGCGGUAGGCCAACAGCAGCAGCGCCAUGUGCCCACAGAGCUGUCCGUGCACGACCCUCUGCAAGCGCUUGCACUUAAGGAGCAGUGCAUCCUGGUGGACUCUAACGACAAUGCCAUUGGUGCAUCAUCCAAGGCCGACUGCCACCGGGUGCACCCAGAGUCGAAAGAUGUAAAACUACAUCGCGCCUUCAGUGUUUUUCUCUUCAAUUCUCAAGGCGAGAUGCUGGUGCAAAAGCGUUCGUCUCACAAGAUAACCUUUCCAAGUACAUACACCAAUGCCUGCUGCAGCCAUCCACUCCACGAGAUCGAGCAGGAGCGCCAGGAGAGUGGCGCACUGGGCAUCCGACUGGCUGCCCAAAGGCGCCUUAACUAUGAACUGGGCAUUCCUAUAGAGGAAUUGCAGCCGCAGGAUUUCCGAUACCUUACGCGCAUCCACUACGCGGACACGGGCGAUGGAGUAUGGGGGGAGCACGAAAUUGACUACAUCCUGUUUCUCCAAAAAGACGUGACCCUACGGCCAAAUAGCAACGAAGUCAGCGAGGUGCGCUAUCUGCGGCGUGAUAAGAUCGACGAGGCGGUGGCCAAGUUUAGUGCCCCGCUGACACCCUGGUUCUCUCUGAUUCUGCAGCAUCGCCUAAAGCUAUGGUGGGACAAUUUGCAUCAGCUAGAGAAAUUCGAGGACUUAAGCAAUAUUCAGCGAUUUUAAGUGUGCUAACGAACCAAAAAUACACGUUAUGACGUAU